CUGGAUGUAAGAUUUUUGCCAAUAUACAAAAUGGCGGUCUUCGUUAUUUAAUUUAUUUCUUCAGUGGAUAAAGUUUCCUCGCAUUUGGAAGCGCAUGGUAGAAUCAUGAAACGUGUCUUCAGUGUUCCUGAGAAGGUGACAGGAGGUGGUACAGUCCAAUACUGCUGGCAGCAGAAACUAGGAAAUUAUUUAGCUGUAGCUGGGACAAACAGAGUUGUGAUGAUCUAUGAUCGUCAUGGGGAACAGAAAGAUGAAAUCAACCUUCCAGGACAAUGCACAGGAAUGGCAUGGGACAAAGAUGGUGACACCUUGGCAAUCAUACAGGAUAAAAAUGGUAUUGUUUACCUGUGGGAUGCUAAUUCCCACAAGACCAUCCAACUGGAAAGUGGUUUGAGGGAAGGUCUGGCAUUUUUAUUAUGGUCAAGAGUUGGACCACAACUUGCAAUAGGUACAUCCAAAGGCAAUUUAUUGAUGUACAACCAUCAGACAUCAAGGAAAGUGCCAAUUCUUGGAAAACAUACCAAGAAAAUAGUGUGUGGAGCAUGGAACUCUGAGAAUUUACUAGCUCUUGGUGGAGAGGACAAGUGCAUCACUGUCAGUAAUGUUGAUGGAGAUACAAUUAGACAGGCUACUAUUAGAGCAGAUCCUACAGAAAUUCAGUUUAGUGAGAUGAAGACUGAUGAACGUAGCUCCAUUGGUGAAACAACGGUCAGCAUUAUAGUUGGAAGGAAAACUUUGUAUUUAUACAACUUGAAUGAUCCUGAUAACCCCAUUGAAUUGGCUUUUCAGCAAAGAUAUGGAAACAUAGUAGCCUACAAGUGGUUUGGUGAUGGCUACAUAAUGUUGGGUUUCUCCAAUGGCUAUUUUGUUGUGAUCUCUACUCAUAUGAAGGAGAUAGGACAGGAAUUGUAUCAAACAAGGGAUCAUAAGGAUGAGCUGACAGGCAUUGCUAUGUCUCUUGAACUUAACAAAGCAGCCUCAUGCGGCGACAACUGUGUAAAGAUUCAUGACUUGGCAGAGAUGAAGGAGAUCUAUGCUAUCAUUACUAUAGAAGAUGCGGGAGGACACCUGGACAAAAUCUCCUGGACAGACGAUGGACAACUGCUGGCUGUUAGCACUCAGUCAGGUGCAAUAUAUGUAUAUCUUACAAAGUUACCUGUCCUUGGUUGUGCUAGCGGAACACGAUUGUCAUAUCUAACAUCCCUCAAAGAGGUGACGAUUGUGGACAAUGUGAUGCAGGAGCGACCUCUGAGUGUGGAUAUCAUCGUAGAGCCAAACUUUGUGGCGCUGGGGCCAUAUCAUCUGGCCGUAGGAAUGAAUAAUCGUGCUUGGUUUUAUGCUUUAGCUGACAAAGGUCCUGAGCAAUUGAAGGAUCGAGAGUAUCUCGGUACAGUCAAUGCCAUUCAUCUGAACGCUGAUUAUGCUGCUGUUCUUUUUGAAGGGAAAGUUCAGCUUCAUUUGAUUGAAGGAGAAGCUUUGGAUACAGCAGAUGACCGAGAGACCAGACUGUUCCCGGAUAAAGGCAACCAAGGACGGAUCACAUGCUGUGCUUUGACUUCUGACUUUCUAAUCUAUGGCACGGAUAAUGGAAGCCUGUUUUAUUUCUUCAUCGAAGAUUGGCAGUUUGUCAAUGAAUUCAGACAUGUAGUAGGCAUUAAAAGGAUCUUCCCAGAUGUUAGUGGGACUCAUCUGGUGUUCAUCGAUGAAAAGAGUGAUGGAUUUGUUUACAAUCCUGUCAAUGAUGCCACUUUCGAGAUUCCCAACUUUUCCCCGAAUAUAAGAGGCAUUAUUUGGGAAAAUUGGCCUCUAGACAAGGACGUGUUCUGUGGUUACGAUGAAGAGAAAGUGUAUACCUAUAUCUUCUACAGAGAUACUGUAAUAGGGCCCCAGUGUAUAAUGGCGGGAACCACCAAGCUGCCUUACGCUCAAAAACCCCUCAUGUUAUACGGUGGUGAAAUGACGUGUCAGACACAGAGCGGCAAGACCUCCAAACUCAGUCUUACCACGCAUUUAUUUCACGAGAAGCCUCAGGAUCUUCCACAAUCUGAUUUACAAACCUCAUUCAAUCACUGUCUGACGUUGAAACGUUUCAAAGAUGCAUGGACGCUGGCUCGCAUCCUGGAUUCCAAAGAUUCUUGGAUCGAACUGGGAAAAAAGGCGAUCUAUCAUUUGGACAUUGAGCUUGCUAUCAGAGUGUACCGAAAGAUGGGAGAUGUUGCCAUGGUCCAGUCUCUUGAGAGUAUCGAGGGAACUGAAGACAAACAUCUCCUGGCCGGAUAUGUUGCCAUGUUUCUCGAAGAAUACAGUACAGCACAGGAUUUGUUUCUUGGCUCAACAUAUCCGUUGGCUGCGCUUGAGAUGAGGCGUGACUUACUUCACUGGGACCAAGCCCUUGAGCUGGCCAAGAGUCUGGCACCCAAUCAGAUUCCUUACAUUUCAAGAGAAUACGCCCAGCAGCUGGAGUUCACCGGAGACUACAGUAAUGCUCUGCUUCACUAUGAAAAAGGAGUAACCAAGUUGCCAGAGAAACGUGACCACGAUGAACUGUGUAUCGGUGGAAUGGCAAGAAUGGCAAUCAGAGUAGGAGACAUAAGAAGAGGUGUGAAUUAUGCUGCUAAGAGUCCCAGCAGACCGCUAAAGAAGGAGUGUGCUACUAUCUUGGAGUCAAUGAAGCAAUAUUCCGAGUCUGCUCUGUUGUUUGAGAAAGGACAAUACUGGGAAAAGGCAGCUGCUGUGUACAUCAAGACUAAGAAUUGGGCAAAGGUCGGUGAAUUGCUAGCUCACGUUACCUCUCCUAAGCUUCAUGCGCAGUAUGCUAAGGCCAAGGAGGCCGAUGGGAAAUACAAGGAGGCUGCAAUAGCUUACGAGGCGGCUAAAGAUUAUGACAGCGUCAUCAGGAUCAAUCUUGAUCACCUGCAAAACCCCGAGGAAGCUGUAAGGAUUGUGAAGGAGACCCAGUCUGUCGAAGGAGCUAAAAUGGUGGCCAAGUUCUUUCAGAAACUUGGUGACUUUGGAUCUGCGAUUCAGUUCCUUGUUCUGUCCAAAUGCAACGAUGAAGCAUUUCAGCUCGCCCAGACGCAUAAUCAAAUGGAACAGUAUGCUGAAAUAAUUGGCGAUGAUGCAGUUGCGGAUGACUAUGCCAGCAUCGCCAUGUACUUUGAGAAUCAAAAACAAUAUUUCCUGGCCGGAAAGUUUUUCCUGAAGUCAGCACAAUAUGCUAAGGCUUUGAAGCACUUCUUGAAAUGUCCCGUUGGAGAAGAUGGCGAAUCCAUUGAGCUGGCAAUUGAAACUGUUGGUCGGGCAGGUGAUGAGGUGUUGACACAUCAGUUGAUUGACUUCCUUAUGGGAGAGGCUGACGGUAUACCAAAGGAAGCAAAGUACUUAUUCCGGCUUUACAUGGCGUUAAAGCAAUAUCGUGAGGCAGCGCGCACGGCCAUCAUCAUUGCGAGGGAAGAUCAGAAUGCUGGUAACUACAGGAAUGCUCAUGACGUCUUGUUCAGCAUGUACAGAGAACUUACUGAUCACAAGAUAAAAAUUCCCGCGGAGAUGAUGCAGAAUCUGAUGAUCCUUCAUAGUUACAUUUUGGUCAAGCUACAUGUGAAACGAGGUGAUCACAUGAAGGGUGCCCGUAUGUUGAUUAGGGUGGCUAAUAACAUCAGCAAGUUCCCUGCACACGUUGUUCCCAUACUGACGUCCACCGUUAUCGAGUGCCAUAGGUCGGGACUGAAAAAUUCUUCCUUCAGCUAUGCGGCCAUGUUGAUGAGACCUGAAUAUCGUCAAAAGAUUGACCUCAAGUACAAAAAAAAGAUUGAACAAAUUGUCAGGAAACCAGACAAGACGGAAGAGGACGAACCUCAAGAUCCUUGUCCUUACUGCGGCAACGAAGUACCUCAGACUAAACUGGACUGUCCAGAAUGUAAAAACACCAUACCUUACUGUAUUAUCACGGGUCGUCAUAUGGUUAAAGACAACUGGACAAUGUGUCCUAACUGUUCGUUCCCUGCUCUUCACUCGGAACUUAUGAGUCUACUGGAGGCCAGUGAAACAGUGUGCCCAAUGUGCUCCCAAAGCAUAGCAGCCACGGAAGUGAAACCAAUCAAGGAUCCAUCACCGUAUUUGAAGACUGCAGAUCAAGACUGAGAAUCGAGCCAGAACACGAGUUCUGCGAAAUGCUACCUUGGAGUUGUAUUUAACUGUAAAUAAUCAUCGCUUCUUGGAUCUCUGCGUUUUUAUUUAAUUUUUUUUUUUGAUCGCAUGAGAUGGUUAGAAUUUAAGUAAUAAAUAGCAUGCGAAUGGUACUUUGUCGUCAAUAAAAACACGUUAGAUGUACUCAACAAA